AUGAAUACAAAGCUGAUCCAAACCGACGCAAUGAAGGAACUCAUGCCUGAAGCGGAAUCGGCGUUUGAUACUACAGAUCAUGAGACGCUGAUGAAGCAUGUCAUGGAAAAGAUCACGACAGAGAGACAUCCCUCAGGGACAGCAGCCAUGAUGGCUCUUGAACUGGGAGGGGUAGUUGACCCUGAGCUCAAGGUGUACGGCACAUGCAAUUUGCGUAUUGCUGAUGCCAGUAUCAUGCCCUUGAUUCCAUCAGCACACUUACAAGCUAGUGUCUAUGCCAUUGCUGAGAAGGCAGCAGACAUGAUCAAAUCAGCCAAACCGGAUCGCCGUAUUAGAGAACGACUUCCUUUCCCUCCCAGAUCGCGACCAACCAUCUGA